AUGGGCGAAGGGACAAGGCGCUCGACAAACGGCUUAUCUUCUGUAUUCAAGCGGAACUUCUGGUUUACCUGUAGGAUCCACGCCCUUGAGAAGUAUCCUUUGCUAACUGUUUGGAAGAAACCGGUCAUGCUCUCGCACUACAACAUCAUAUCGGGCAUCAUACAAACAUGUACAUUCGACUCGGUCUCCCGAAAAGCGGAUGGUGUCGACACGCAAGUGAUGCUCGGAGUCUUGCCAUUCAGCCACGUCUUUGGGCUCAUGCUUAUUACCCACUUGGGAACAUACCGCGGCGACGAGAUCAUCGUUAUGCCUCGGUUCGAGUUUGAGCCAUUCUUGGCUGCGGUUAGUCGCUUCAAGAUACAGCAGCUUCCAAUUGUACCCCCUAUCGUGAUUCAGAUGUUGGACAGGAGGGAGCUUUGUGGGAAGUAUGACUUGAGCAGCGUCAGGUUUGUGUAUACUGGUGCAGCACCACUUGGGAAAGGAACGGUUGAUGAUCUGUUGAGUCUUUAUCCAAAGUGGCGUCUUGGCCAAGGCUACGGGAUGACAGAGACGGCGACUGUCUUCAUCCAAAGUAGCGAGCACGAUACCCAAGUUGGCACAACCGGAUCAUUACUUCCAGCAGCCAAGGCCAGGAUCGUCGAUCCCGACGGUAAAGAGAUUGCGGAAUACGAAAAGCCAGGCGAACUACUGAUUCAGAGUCCAACGGUGUCUCUUGGUUACUUCAACAAUCCGAAAGCCACCGCCAAGACUUUCUUUGAGGAUACUGACGGCCGCUGGAUUCGAACGGGGGACGAGGUGCUGGUUCGUAUGUCUGAGAGUGGGAACGAGCAUUUCGUUGUUGUUGAUCGAGUCAAGGAGCUUAUCAAGGUCAAGGGCCAUCAAGUCGCGCCAGCAGAGCUCGAGUCUCAUCUUCUCACUCACCCUGCCGUGAGUGACUGCGCAGUCAUCCAGAUUCCCGAUACACGAGCUGGCGAAGUUCCCAAAGCAUUCGUGGUAAAAUCAAACCAAACAAGUCAAUCUGACGAGGACAUUGCGAGGGAUAUUGAGCGUUAUGUUGCGGAGCAUAAAGCUAGGUAUAAGUGGCUGAAGGGCGGAGUUGAGUUUAUUGAUGUGAUACCGAAAAGUCCGACUGGGAAGAUCUUGAGACGCAAGCUGAGGGAUAAGGAGAGGGAGGCUAGGAAAUCGAGGGGAGCAAAGUUGUGA